UACCUCACAGGCCUACAGUCUCCAAGAUGUGGAUCUCCCUGUCCCUGAUCUCAAUCCUCUUCACUGUCCAUUUCACCGUGUGUGACACUCGAAGCAAUGGGAUAUUUGAGCCAUACGAUCUGCUUUUUGAUAAUGCGGUGGAGGCGUAUUAUAAGCAGGACUGGCUGGCUGUGAUCCUGAACAUGGAAAGAGCUUUGCGGAAUAAAGCAGCGCUGCGUAAAAUCCAGACGCACUGCCGCUUAUCCUGCGCGAAUCACACCGCUUUCGGGGACCCUUUCUCAGGUGUGGGUGUCCCGAUCCCAGGAACCGGGGCCGUGGAGGAUUUAGCGUUUUUCCAGAGGAUUCUCAAACGGGCCGAUUGUGUGAAUGCAUGUGAAAGCGAGAAACUGGGACCACCGACACUUCAUAAAGUUAGUGAGGCUAUAGAGCUGGAGUUCAAGAAAAGGACGCCUUACAAUUACCUGCAAGUGGCUUACUUUAAGAUAAACAAGCUUGACAAGGCAGUGGCAGCAGCAAAUACAUUUUUCAUGGCAAACCCCGACCACACAGAGAUGAAACAGAAUUUAGAGUACUACGGGAUGAUGGCUGGGGUGCAAGAGACAGAUUUCAAGGACCUGGAGGAGAGACCGCACAUGGCUGAAUUUUUAGAGGGCAAGAUUCAUUACAGUGCAGAACAUUUUGCCCCAGCCAUCGAGCACUUUGAGGCCGCUGUCGAAGAAUAUUUCACCGCUUAUGAAGAAUGCAGAGUUCUCUGCGAGGGAUCGUUCAAUUAUGACGGUUACAACUACAUGGAGUACAACGCCGAUCUCUUCCAGUCUAUGACAGAUCAUUACCUUCAUGCUCUGAACUGCAAACAGAACUGCGCUGUGGAUCUGGCAUCCACCGCUGGAAGAGAGAAGCCUUUUGAAGAUUUCCUCCCAUCGCAUUUUAACUACCUUCAGUUCUCAUAUUAUAAUAGUGAGAAAUACGAGCAGGCCAUUGAGUGUGCUAAAACAUACCUACUCUUCCACCCUGAGGAUGCAGUCAUGGCUCAGAACCUAGCAUACUACUCCGCUGUUCUGGGAGAAGACAAAUCCAUUAACAUAACAGCCAGAGAGGUUGUUAUGCAGCAUAUUAAGAGGUCUUUGCUGGAAAAAGAGCUUCUUUACUUUGGCUAUGAGAUGUUUGGUAAAACUUUUGUUGAUCCAGACACAUGGACCCCUGAGGACAUCAUGCCCAAGAAACUAAGAGACAAACAAAAGGCAGACAAAGAAACAGCCGCGAGGAUUACAGAGGAGAUCAGUAACCUGAUGAAGGAGAUCGAGACGCUUGUGGAAGUAAAGAGUAAAGAAUCAUCAGACCUGGCCAUGUUUGUGAAAGACGAUAUCAAUCCAGCCUCUACUCCAGAAACUGCCAACAAACGUCUGUUUGAUGACAUAGCAAUAACCUUGACAUCCUCAGCCCUGAACGGUUCACAGAGGGUCGUCCUGGAUGGCGUAACCACAUCCGAUGAGUGUCAGGAACUUCAUCGCCUCUCUAGUGCAGAAGCUAUUCAAGGUGGUUUUAAAGCAACUCUCUCCCCUCAUUCAGUGAGUGAGAUGUUUCAGGAUAUUACGCUUCUCAAAGCCCUGCAGGAGGGUCUGGUUCCCUUGAUGAGUGCACGAUUGUUUUCUGAUCUCAGUGAGAAGAUUCGUAAGGUUCUGGAAUCCUACUUUGGUCUGGAAUCACCCCUAUAUAUCUCCAGCUCAAACCUGAUCUGCCGAUCUGCCAUCGAGAAACAGGAAGAGCGCACAGACUGUCUGCUUAUCUCAGAGCUCAACAGCUGUAUCAAAGAGGUGUCAGCAUACAGCGAUCAAGGCUACAGUGCCAUUUUGUACCUCAAUGACGACUUUGAAGGGGGAGAUUUUAUCUUCACUGAAUCGGAUGCCAAAAGCGUCUCUGCAGUGGUGAAGCCUCAGUGUGGUAGAGUCGUGGGAUUCAGAGCUGGACCGGAGAACCUUCAUGGAGUGACCGCAGUAACCAAAGGCCAGAGGUGUGCUGUAGUGCUUCGGUUCACUCUGGAUCCUCAUCACAAUGAGAAGGAGCGUUUAGAAGUUGAAGAACUUCUGAAAAAGCUUUCCAGCCCAGUUGAAGCUGAUGUCCAGAAAACAGAAAUGGACAGUAACACGAAACCCUCUGAACAUGAAGGAACAAUUUCUGCUAAAACAACAGAAAAAGAAACCGUAAAGACAAGCACAUCUACAGAACAACCCAGCCAAGCUACUGGGGAUAACAAAACUAACAGCAAAGUGGUGAAGAAAAGUGAAAAACCAAAAGCCAAAGCAUCUAAAAAGAAAACAAAAACCCAAACAAAAGCUAAAGCAGACAAAACAAAAAGCAAAGUGUCAGACAAAACAAAAACCACUACAGCAGAGAAAAAGACAUCAAAAACAGCUAAUAAGACAAAACCUGUAACGUCAGAUGAAAAGAAGAAAACUGGCAAAGCAACUGUUAAAAAUACUGCAAAGCCAAAGAGCACAGAACCUAAAGACUCUACAGCUGAAAACCACAAGGAUGAGUUAUGAGCCUCAUGCAGAAAAGAUUCUGUGUUUGAUUCUGAGUUUUUCUUUUGUUUUUUAAUCAUUGAUAGAGGAAUACUGAUGGGUUUGUGCUUUUGUACAUUUUUUUAAAGACUCAUGAAUUCGAAACCAUAUCACAGGAGUGCAGACUUGACAAUCAAGUUUACUGUUGUAUUUUCUGUUUUACCUGAAUUAUAAUUAAAUAUUUUCUCGUCUCAGGAACCAAAAUACAGCAGUAACAUUUCAUACUCCUUGAAAGACUAUGGCAGCUUUCAGAGAUUACAUUUGCCACUUUUCAUUCCCACAAUAGUUACUGAAUAAAUGCAACAUCUUUUUAAAUUAUAACAGUGCAGUACAUUUUUAUUGAGUGGUUCAAAAUUCACAGGCACGAUGCUGAGAUGUUGUGGGAUGCCAUGGUGUUCAAAAGGUUCCUAGGAUAUUGCUCUUGUCCCUUCUUAAAUGUAAUUCUUUGUUUUUUCCCCCACCCAUUUAUUCAUCUGCCAGGCAAAAACAAUGUAAGACAAGAACUAAAAACACUCCUGUUGUCAGCAAACCACAUUGAUGUAUCAUUCAUGUCCAAAGCACAAGUAGAGCAGCAAAAACCA